CGUCUGAGAACUGCUGCAGGUCUCGGGAGCGCGGGCUCUUGAAUUAUUUAUCUUAUUCCGGCCGGUUUAUGGUUCCUACUGAUCCUAAAAAGCCGUUGUUAUGCCCAGGCCUGUCAGGAACAAGAAAAUUGUGGAUUAUUCACAGAAUGAAGACUUUGAUGAUGAUGAAGAUUUUGCGUGUGUGUCUGCUCCUCCAAGUAAAAAGCCUCGUCUAAAAGUUGAUGAGAAACAGAAAAAGGGGAAAAGUGUUAAAAAAGACAAUCAAGAUGCAAAUGUCAAAAAGGAACUGCCUAAUGAAAGACUACCACUUGAUGAAAAGGUUUACCAAAGAAACUUAAAGACUGCAUUAACUUUAUCAGUACAAGAGUCCACUUAUGAAGCAAAGGAAUCAGCUGAAACAAUAAAUACAGAUACAUCAUUACACUCUAACUGCAAUGAGAAUAGCAACUUUCCUGGCUUAGAUAAAACUACUGUUGAAAAUGAAGGAGUCUCAGUACGACCUAGACAAAGACAGGCAGCAUCUGGAGCAGUGUUAAAGCAGAGAAAGAUUCUUCUUGAUGAUAGAGGCAGUGAUGGUGAAUGUGAAAAGGAAUCUGGAAGCGAACAAGACUACGUGAGAACUGAAGAAUCAGAAAGCAAUGGAAGUAACACAGAUACGGAUGAGGAAUUUACUUUCAAAAAUAUAUCAAAUAAAAACAAGAAAAAAAAUACAAUCAACCUACAAACAAAGACAAAGGAGAAAAAAUGUCUCAAAUCAAACAGCAAAGAUACAGCUCUGGUUCCUGAAAAAAGUAAACCAUCGAUGUUGACAGAAAUACCAGUUUCUCCAACAUCCCCCAUAGCAUCACAAGCAUCAAGUCCUUCAACUGGACUAAGAAAGCCAAAGUGGAUUCCACCAGCCUCAAAGGAAAACAGCAUUGCAUCACCGGACAGAGUUUUUGUCAAAAGCCCGAGCCAAGGCCUUCGAUUGGGCCUUUCUCGAUUUGCCAGAGUCAAACCUUUACACCCCUCUGCGGUCAAUAAUUGAAGAUGGUUUUAAAUUAUUAUAAGAAAGAAGCUUAAUCUUCUGUUGCUAUAAUAGCAACUUUUUUUUAGCCUUUAUUGUCAAAAGCCUGUUUUACCAAGUUACUGCAUUUAUCUGUAUAAUUCUUUUGGAACUUGUUCACAGUUUUCCUUAUAAUAGGGAUUGGAGGAAAUCAUCUUGAUUACAGAUUGUAUUGAUAAUGUUGCUCCGCAUUGAGAUUGCACCCAUUGUGUUUCAAAAUUGGAACUUUUGGACAUUGACAAAUUGAGUGUACUUUUAAGCACUCCACCAAGACCUGAAUAGUUUGGACCUGUUGUUUCUUCAUCAAGACUGAGUCCAGACUCUGCAGAAAAUGCACACUAUAUUUGCUGCACAGCCUAUACAUUUAUUCAUAUGAUCUUGUUUAAAACCCACUCCAAAGGGAAAUUCUCUUGGGACUAAAUCCGUAAAAUUAAGUCUGAAUAGGUCUAAUCUGGACAGAAUUGGUGCAAGACCACAUCAAAAAAAUACCAGCUUUUCCAUGAUGCCCUUAAUUAAAGAGAUCAUAUGAUUACUAGUAUAUUAUGGUAUGGUUUUAGAGGCUUUUCUUAUAACAUGGGAUUGAAGGAUGAUUUCCUCAGUUUGAUCAGCAUAAUGAAAUUUCAAAUAUGCUUUUUCUAGGCAGAUUUACAACAUCUGUUUUGCAGGCAGAAAAUCUGCUAUCACCAAACCAGUCUACACAAUGACAACUUUGACUUGCUCUUGGAAAGUUUUUCCAAGUGAUUUAUUAAAGCAUGAAAAUGGCUCUGUACAAUAUUUAGGAAUUGUAAUGUUUAGAGACUAAAAACUGUUAAUACUUAAUAAUUAGACAAUUGUCCAUUUGUUUAUAUAAAGAAAAUAUGAUUUAUUACAUUUGAACUCUCUUAAUUUCUGGAUACAACUGUCCUUCUUAAUCAUGUUAUUUUUUGGUCUCCACUUAAGAGAGUUUCAAGUUUACAACUAAAAGAACUAUUUUUAAAAAAUAAAAAUAAACUUAUCUUUGUAACAAUUGUGAAAUGAAUUGUAUUUUAAACUGCUGCAUUAAUAAUGACAUAUCAUUUAUAGCUCUUCGCAACAAAUGGAUAACACUUAAAUUAUAUUGGCAAGCAAAAUUGCUAAUUUAUGCUUGGCCAGGACCAAUAUAAAACAAAUGUGAUUGUUGAGCUGACUUGUUUUUUAUGCUGGAUUUGGGAAAUUUAUUGACCAGUAUAUAACAAGGUGGAGAACAGAAAUAUGAAUUUGUUUCUUCACUUAGUUUUCCCAGGGACGAAGCAUGAUUAAUACUUCAAUAAGCAGAACAGAUUUUCUCUUUUUAAAGCGUUGAAAAAUUUACUUAAAAUGCUUCUUCCUAAAUUAAGCAUAGCUGUGGUUAUGAGUAGCCACAGGUACAGGUAUGAUUAUUAGAAGGAGCAAGUGUUUGACAAAUAUUUGCAAUAUCUUUCCUAAUAUGACUUCCAGCCUUGUCAAAGAAUGAUUGUGAAUCCACUUACCCAAUGGAAACCAGUUGAAAUUGGAGUCAAAAUUACUCCACUGCCAUUUAUAGAUUGCUUUGUUUCAUAUCUGAAUUUCUGACCUCAUUCAGUUCAUGUCUUUGUUAGUACGUGCAAAGAUUUUUUUAACACACUGUAUGGAGGAGGUCAUUCAUUCAAAGUCAUUGAAGCUGAAAUAAUUGGUGAGCCCACAGCAGUACCCAAUGUUUAUGGAGCCAACUAGAACUCUGGACCCCACAAGGAUUAAUAGAGGUACUGUAACUCAUUGCUCCAAAUCCACAUACGGUAGAUUCUGGUUAAUUUGCCAUCAGUUAAUCAGGGUAGCCGCAUAUUUGUGAUAACUCAUAAAGAACAAAAAUUAAUCUAGAUAAAAGCCAAGAUUCCCUUCGUUUAUUUGGCUCACUAUGCCACUUAAUUGAGGCAGGAAACUGUUGAACGGUUUCUAACUGACAUCAGUCACAUGCACUUGUGUAGCUGUUAGACACUACACCAUGCA